GGUUAGGAAGGGAGCUCGGGGCUGGGAGGCUGCAAAGCCGCGCACUGGAGCAGGACCAUCCAUUCGCGCAGCCCCGGCGGAACAGAACUCGUUCCUUUUUUUUUUUUUUUUUUUUUUUUUCCCCCGUCCCCUCCCCCCCCCCCACUUCUCUCCAUCACUCCAAACGGGUCGAUUUAACUGAUAUUAUUUUUUAAUUAUCUUGUUACCUGACUUCUUUUUCCUAUUUUUUUUCUUUUUCCUUUUUUUGAUUGGAGGUUGUACUAAGCCUUUUUUUAAUUUUUUUUUUAAUCUUACAUAAAGAAAAGGGGGGAAAAGAAGCCAACAAGAGACUGAAAAGACCAAGAGAAAGUGGCAGCUCAGAAGGACUGUGAAAUCACCUCCCCUUUUGGGGGCUGUCGAUCAGAGCGAGAGUUGUACAUUAUUAUUAUUGUUUUUCUUUCUACAUCUAUCUAUCCACAUACACUCUCGGAGACAGAGAGAGAGAGAGAGAGAAGUACAGACAGUGAAACUCGACGAGACCAGCCAUGGUAGCAAGGGCUCAGCCUGAUCGGAAACAAUUACCGCUGGUCCUACUGAGAUUGCUUUGCCUUCUCCCUACAGGGCUGCCAGUCCGCAGCGUGGAUUUUACCCGAGGUACCGAUAACAUCACCGUGAGGCAGGGGGACACAGCCAUCCUCAGGUGUUAUGUAGAAGACAGAAGCUCCAAGGUGGCCUGGUUAAACCGUUCUGGCAUCAUUUUUGCUGGAGAGGACAAGUGGUCCCUGGACCCUCGAGUAGAGCUGGAGAAGAGAAACCCUCUGGAAUACAGCCUGCGGAUUCAGAAAGUGGAUGUCUACGAUGAGGGGUCCUAUACAUGUUCAGUACAGACACAGCAUCAUCCCAAGACUUCCCAGGUUUACUUGAUUGUGCAAGUCCCACCAAAGAUCUCCAAUAUCUCCUCAGACAUCACCGUGAAUGAGGGUAGCAACGUAACUCUGGUUUGCAUGGCAAAUGGGCGCCCUGAACCUGUCAUCACCUGGAGGCACCUCACCCCAACAGGCAGAGAGUUUGAAGGCGAGGAAGAGUAUCUGGAGAUCCUAGGAAUCACACGAGAGCAAUCGGGCAAGUACGAAUGCAAAGCUGCCAACGAGGUUGCCUCAGCAGAUGUCAAGCAAGUCCGGGUCACUGUGAACUACCCUCCCACCAUCACAGAGUCCAAGAGCAAUGAAGCAGCCACGGGGCGACAAGCCUUACUCCGGUGCGAGGCAUCAGCAGUGCCCACGCCUGAUUUUGAGUGGUAUAGAGAUGAUACCAGGAUAAACAGCGCCAAUGGCCUGGAGAUAAAGAGCACGGGGAGCCAGUCUCUGCUGAUGGUGGCCAAUGUCACUGAGGAACAUUAUGGGAACUACACCUGCGUGGCUGCCAACAAGCUGGGAGUCACAAAUGCCAGCCUAUACCUUUACAGACCCGGCACAGGGAGAGUAGACAACGGCUCCAUGAGUUUGGCCGUCCCACUGUGGCUGCUGGCAGCGUCCCUGCUCUGCCUACUCAGCAAAUGUUAAUACAAAUCAGAAUUAAAAAUAAUAAUAAUAAUAAUAAUAAUUAAAAAAAAAACCCAACACAACGACAACAACAACAACAACACACAAAACAAAACGCGUUAUACAGGAGACAGAGCGAAGAGAGGGGAGAGAGAAGAAAGAGGAGAGGGGGAGAGAGAGAGAGAGAGGACUGUUUCUUUCACAGAUUUUGUGUGUUCAGGAGCAAAGAAGGGGGAGAGGAAAAAUUACAGCCAAGAAUACUCAGCAACAUUUAAUCUGAAACCUGACAAGCCGGCUGUCAAGUCACCGACUGUCUAAGAGGCAACACAAAUCGAGGGAGAGAAUGGGGCACCAGCAAGGAUCGCGUCGCCAGAGGAUGCUGCUACGUCAACAGCCCAACAAAACUCGCAAAGCCAAUCAAACAGAAGAUCCUCUUUUCUUUUCUCUCCUCCUGCCUCUUUUCCAUACUCCCUCACUUUCCUUCCCUCCUCCUCUUUUUUCUGUGGAAAGAGGUCUUUGCUUCAGUGUCUGUAGCCACUUACCUUUUGGAUGCCCUGGGUCAUUUUUGUGAGCCAAUGCUCAGUCAGUUCAUGCUUUUGAAAACAAACAAAAAAAAAAGUAAAAGAAAAAAAAAAAAAGCCACAAACCAGAGCAAGUCACCUGAAGCUCUCAGCAUACUGGUGUCCUGUGAAGAACCCCUUCCUCUCUUCACUUCACCCUGCUCUCCUGUGAACCCAGCCCUUACUAAACUCUUUCUUCCCCUGUUCUCUUCUUCAUGCAACAUCAUGCUCACUGGCCUGAACUAAAGUUAUAUCAGCUCUACUGAAAACAUACUUUUCUUUUUGUUAAUCCUCUUCCUCUCCCCCCUCAAUCUGACCAGGUGUCUUUCUCCUGUGUAUGCCUGUGUGUGUGCGUGCAUGCGUGUACAUGUGGCUCUUGCUCCGUCUUCUCUCUUUCUCUCUUUCUCUUUCUCUCUCUAAGCAUGCAAAAGGAACAGUCCAUGUGUACAUAUGCUCAUCCUGCUGUAGAUAAUGUCCUGCCUUGUAAGUGUAAGACAAGAUGCUGAGAGAUCACUCAGGCAGAGAAGACAGGUGAGGAGAGAGGGGCAGCUACAACACAAGUUUGACUCGUGGCUACCAUGCUUUCAUGAGUCAGUCUGCACCCUUGUUCCGCCUUUUUUUCUCUCCCACCUUGCAACCUGUCUGGCUCUCAGCCUUCAAGUACCAGCAUAGCAGUCCCUGCUAUACAUGAGUGCUUGCACACGUGCAUGGGGGUGUGCACGCAUGUGCAUUUGUCCAAAUAAGCAGAAGAAAACGUGACUCCAGCACUAUGGAGUGCAGGGUGUGACCACCCACUCCUGAGGAGGGGAGGCUGAGCUGGUGGGAUGUGAGUGAUGAGACCUUGGACAUGACAGGACAGCCAUUCCUGUAGGUACAGCGUGUGUGUAGGAACAAUGCCUCAACAUGAAAACCAUGAUCUGGUCAUUCCUACCCAUUUUGGUAGUCAUGCAAAAAUAGAGCCAAUACCUUCUUUUUGUUGUUGUUCUUACUGUCCUCCCUAUUAUAAAAGGCAACAUAUGCUAUAUAAAGAUGAGAGCGUGUGUGUGCGCGCAUGCGUGUAUGUGUUUUGUACACCACCUCUACUACAAAGCUCACUUUGCGAUUCCACAUUUGAAACUCAUAGGAUCAGAAAAUGUCCAGAACCUGUGAAUCUAAGAAGAAAAACAAAUGUCAGGGCCAAAAUACUGGGCUUAUAAAGGCGCUUAAGGUGGUGUAGCAAAGAAGUAGGCAACACAAUUCCCCUUGCUCUUUUCUCAUUUGAAGAGUGCUGAUCUUGCUGAAAAGGGCUGUUGCUUGCCAUCACACUUCUUAUGGCAAAAUUACAUGUGGAGUUGCCAGCAGGAGAUAUUCCAAUGGCUUCUGACUGAGGAGAAGGAGAGAACAGGCUGUGAGAAACAAGGUUAAGAAAAAGCUGAGUGGUGGCUGGAAAUCGCCACGCCAGCAACAGGUCUGCAAGCAGUGGGAGAAGCCAAGUUGUACACUGCAGUGGCUGAAGUGCAUGUGUGCAGGCAGGACCAGUGGGGAGAAGAAUUCUGGGUGUCCUGGCCAGUCAUGAGCCCUAGCAUCCCCAGCAGCAAAGGUGAUAAAGCAGGGGGCUUUAUCAGGUAGCCACACAUGGGGGUUUUUUUGUUUUGGGAGAGAGGGAUGUGCAGUGAGGCACUUCAGUCAUCUGACAGAAGUUGAGUGACCAUCCCACAAGAGUUGUGUUCUGUGGGUGCUUGGCACCACUGAGCUUUUUAGCACCAGCAAGCUGAUUUUUUUCAUCUUUGCCCUGUGAACAGGCACAGUAGCCACACUCUUGGCAGCCAUGCCCGCAUGCUCUGGGAGCGAAGGGGGAAACAGCUGGGGUUGGCAACUUCGCAGCACGCAGGAGGGGAUACCCAACGGGUCGUCUCCUGCCAGGAAGGAAAAUGGGAAUUGCUGCCUGUGAGCCUGUUCCCAUCUUUACACGGCUGGAGCACCAAGGGCCAAGGCCCUUUCUCUGCAGCUCAGCACAGCUUUCACCGUGCACUGCGGCACUGCUGGUGUCUGCUUCCUCUCUGCUGAGCUCAGCUGUUUCUCCGGCAGCAGCAGCAGCAGGCAAAGGCAAUUAAGCAAGCAGGCAAAGGCUCCUCACAGGCAGUCAGAAUGAGCGAGGAAAAUAUAAGUCAGACUCCAGAGGCUGAAGUCUGUGUGAUGGCAGACUUGCUGUAGAUCUGCUGUAGAUUUGGAUAGUGGUGAAUUAUUCUCCUCCAGGCCCCAAAGCCAUACCUGGGAAUGUUGGUGUCUUGAUGGAAGAGGGGAGAGCUAGGCACCUGUGACUUGAAAUCCACCCAAAGUAUCAAGCAAGGGACGUCUACCCCCUUCAGAGAUAGGGUGAUCAUUGAUGGGGCUCGUGCAUCUCCUUUGGAGACUGGUGUGCUGUGGCCCAGGAAAAAAAAUGCCUUGUAUCCUUCAGAGCAUUCAGACACCUCAUCCUCAUGCCUACCUCUUGGGAGCGUAUUGUCGUUCAGUGUCUUAGUAACAACUCCAGAUUUCAUGCUGCAACAGGGCUCCUGAAGCCAAAGCUGCACACCCUCCAGCACACUGGCACAAGGGAAAACCACCACAUUGCUGCCAUUUCUCAUUCUUGGUGCUGCACCUAUGCCUGGUUUUACUGUCACAGGCUUAUUACUAGAGAGUGGGCAGCCUGCAAUCACUUGCUGUCACAGGUUGUUCCUAAGGGCUGGGUCAAGCCCACCGUUUCCUUUAGGUUGAGGCCUCUCUUUGAUGUCUCCCUGGUUGCUCUGGUAAGGUCUGUCCUGCGUGUUGUCCUCUGCAGUGGGGUCACUCCUAGGUGUUGGGCUCACACACAUCAGAGCCCUAUGGUGUGGUGGUGGCCACAAGGCCCGGCACCCGGCCUUGCAUCUUUCUUGGUGUGAAGGAGUUUGGAGAGGAUAUUUUCCAAUGUGUCAAGACCCAGAGGCUUAAUGGUUAAAGGGAAAUACAUUAUGAAAAACAGGACACCCAUAUUUUGAAUCCAUCUGCCUAUUACCUAGAGGAAACAGCCACAACCCUGGUGCUACGAUCUGGUCUUGCCUUCAAGACCAGGGCAGAUCCUGUGCCUCUGUCACGUGGCAGUGAAACAGGGAUAAAGCCAGUUAUUAGCAGACCUGAGAAAAGCUUCACAUCCUGGAGUAUGUCUGUUAUCUGCAGCAGUGCUGGGAGCCCCACUCCUGGCAAUGUCUGUUUCUGGCAGGGCUGGGGGAGUCUUCAGUAAGCUGGAGCUUAAUUUAGUCAGAGAAGCUCAUCCUUUGAGCUGCUGAGCGUGUCACUGGGUGCUGUGAACAAGCCCCUGCUUCUCCUGAGCAGGGAUUGCUCAAAGCAUCUGUUGAGAGGAGAGCCCAGAUCAACACAGAGAACCCAGGCAAGGUCAAAUGCUUUUUCCCCAUUCUCUUUCUCUUCUCCUUUCUCUUUGACAGAGAUGUUGCAAAGGGUUUUCUCAUGUCUCAGGCCCUUUUCUCUGAAGCUGUUUCUCCUCCUUACAUUCAUGUUCAUGUUGCUGUCUUCCCCUCCCAAAAAAGCUGCACUCUUGCUUCCUGCUGCUUCUCAGCUGGUUGGGGACUGGGACAGGUGGGAGUUUGGAAUGGGACACCAGUUCCUUGAGCUUGUCAGUGUAAUUGUGUUUGGUUGAUGGAGAUUUAACAUUUAGUGUUAUAAAAAGAAAUGAACAAAAUUGAAAAAAAAAAAAAGAAAAGAAAAAAAAAAAGGAAAAAAAAUUGUAUUUCUUCUACUGGUUUGUAAAUAUUACAAGAGUUACAUGAGAUGUCUGGUAAUGUCCAAGCAGAGGAACAAAGACUUAGAUUUAAUAUAUGGCCCCAUACUUGGUAGCAGAUUUCUAACCCUUUUCAGAUGACCAAGAGGAGGGGUGAAGGCAAGUCUUUCUGAAAGGAACUGGACAGGGGAAGAGCAGCCACCCUGAGCCACAUGACCUCCAUGCAUGACUGUAGCAUGUUGCCUGGAGCGUGUGUCUGGUCAGAUGGAAAAGGAAGCAGAUGCCUGUCUCUGAAUGGCUGGGAAGGGCGACGUGGGACACUCCAGCCAACACUUCUAUCUUGGCAGCUGUGUUCAUUUUUGUUUGUUUGCUGCUCUGCAGCUCGAGGGUAUGUUGCUCAGUGAUGCACCCCCCUCCUACCCCUCCUUCCUGCUUUCUUCACCAGUGAAAUUGUGUCUCCCCAUGCUAGCACCAAGUGCAUGUUAACGUGCCAUUCAUGAAGAUUUCAUUGGUGACAUGCAUUGUGUUGAGAGUUAGUCUUUGUCCUGCACACAUUUCUCAUGCCACUGACUGUUCACCACUUGGGUAGAUCUCUCGUGUACUGCUGCUUGCCUGACUUUUUGGUCAAGAUAUAUCCAAGCCCCAGCAGUUCUUCUUAGCUCCAGGUGCAACCAGAUCAUGCGCCCAAGCCACUGGUCUCAGCAACCCCAUUUUGAAAGUCCAAGCUUACAGCAUGGAUAAAGUCACCGUCAACGUCACCGUCUCCAGGCUGAGUGCAAGCUGCACAUCUGAAAGAAAUUUGGGGAAGCAGCAACAAGUCCUGGUGAUUCUGGAGCAUUUGGGAAAGAGGAUCUGGGAAGUCAGAGGAGUCCUUCACAGCCCUGCCACCAUGUGAUGUUUCAGCUCAGCAUUUGUGCGGUGCUUUACACCUUCACCCCUCCCUGAUGAGGGCACAGGGAACUGGCUCUUCUCCCAUCCCCCUUCACACCUCCACCUCCUCUCCUGCACACUGACCUGCAGCCCAAAUCAUCAUGGUGCUUGAUAUGAUGUAGCAGCUGACACCAAGGAUGGAUAAGCAAGACAGCCCUACACAGGACAUAUUAGGGGGUGUGAGCAGUUCUCUCUCUCUCUUUAUUCUGAUGGUGCACAAUCUUACUGCUUCUCUGACUUGAGUACACAAAACUUCUUGAGUCAGGCAUGCCAGGAGCAAACUGUUCCAUGGAAAGAGCAGAACCUCAGACAAGGAAGUGGUGGAGAAAAUGGAUGGUGAUUUCCAGGAUGUGAUGCCAGUGGAAAAGAGUAGGGAUGAGUGAUCUUCAUCAUCCAUGCACAGAAUUCCCAGGUUCACCAGUGAGGAGACCAUGGCCUCCCAACGCUAGUCUUAGAGUGGCUUCAUUUCCAGUGGGAUGCCCAGAAGAUUAUUUUUCUUAAGUGCAUGUCUCCUGCUGACUAAAAGCUGUGUUGCACCAUUAAAACCUUUCUCUUUUCCUUCUUGUAACUUGCUAGAAUGAUGUUCAGGCAGCUCCUACAGAUCUUCCCCCACAGAUUUUGCUUGAUGGUUGGUUCCCAUUAGGGCAAUAUGUAGUGUUUGCUUGUUGAUUCAGUCACCAUAACAGGAAAGGAGAAGUCAGCUUGGUGAGGAUAUGUUGGUAUGGUCCUCUGUAUCUCUGUGGCUUGGGGUGAUGUGUCUGAGGCAGAGAGACCAGCCAAGACAGGGUUUGGGAAAGAGAAGCAGCUCUCCUGAUUAGUCCAGACAAGUAGCAAGCAAUGGGUUCCUUCACUUGUUGCAGGCCCAGGUUAGCUGGUGCCACAGCAACUCAGCCUCCCUGCAAGCCUUGUAGACAUUCCUGGGCAGAGGAGGGGGAAGGGGCAGUGCAGGUCAGGAGGACACAACUGCAGCACGGGUCAGAGGGCAGCAUGCUCAGCAGGGCUCCUUGGGCAGCACUGCUGGGGAAGGAGUAGAGAUCCCAUGAAGAAGUACCAUUCCCAGGUAGGGCAGGACCUUCCUUCCUGGCCUGUACUCCCUGGGCAUCAGGCACUCACCUGGCUUCCUGGGCCAUGCACACUAUACUGUGACGGGCCUCAGUGAGUGCUGCAGUGUGAGACUGGAAUGAUUCCAGCUGUGCCCUAGGAACAGAUGUGUGGAUAACAUACGGGCCAUGGAUGGAGACAAGGACCAAGACCAGCUAGGAGUCAGCAAGUGAGCAGGGCAUCUCCCAGGUGGGUCUGUCCUCUGAAAUUACAACACUUGCUCCCCAUUUUGACCAUGCAGAAGCACCCCCCCCCUCCACCCCCGUGACCUCCAGCACACACAUGCUACAGUAGUCCUCAUGGCUACCAUACAGGUGCUCUCCUUUCCCUCACCCUCCAUCACACACACAGCCAGACACAUGCUCCUUCACUUGCUGCCAACGAUGGCUCUGUCUGCCCACACAGCCACAUGGCGACCACCCGAGGAAACCAGGAGAGAGUGUGUGAGGGAGCACAUGUGUGUGCCAGGAAGGGGAGGAAGGGGCCAAGAGCAGGACCCUGCCUCUACAGUGCCACUGUCAUCUCCCAGAAUCUUUCAACUUUCCCAGCUGGAGCCAAGUUUCAUCCUAUAACCUUGAGAAUGAAGGCCAGUCCCUUCUUCUUGCUACACGGUGGGGUGGUUAGAACUCUCCUCAUUAACAGUGUUAUAUACAUAUAAAUAUAUAUAUAUAUCUAUAUCUUUAUAUAUAUUUUUCCCCAGCACUGUAGACAUGAGCUGAACUUCUCUUUAAGGAAACGAGAAAAAUGGCCAUUUUAUUUUUUGCCAUUGGUUUGGUUUUGGAACUAGCUCUGUGAAACAAAAUUAUAAAAGCGCAAGUGUGUGUGUAAAAGAAAUGAUCAACAAAAACAAAACAAAACAAAACACAACACAACACAACCCAAGAAAUGAAUGAGCAAAACCCAGUGAUGGAUUAAAAAAAAAAAAAGAAGCUUUUUAUUUUUUGUUUUCUCAAUGUAUUUAACUUCUGUUAUCUCGUUUCUGUUUCUUUACAUGUAUGAAUGCUCUGCUCUUCUGUGAUCUUAAAAAAAUACAAAAAAAUACAAAAAUUAAAUAAACGUGAAAAGGAAGUAAUA